CGCACGCGCCGUAACGGUCGUUUGGCACGGUUUUCCAAAAUGGCCCCCGAGUGGCUUUCAGCGUCCUCACAAACACGGUUAGACACGGUUCUAGGCCUCUCCCCACCGUCAUACGCCCAUUUAAGUUCCCGGGAGGGCUUUCCUGUGCCCCGGCAGCCUUUGCGGGCCGGAAGGGAGGCCUCUCGUCUCCCUCGGCUGCCAUGGAAGGCUUCUUAAAAGGCUGCAAGGCCGCGCUGCAGGUCACCAAGAGCAUCCUCUUUUGCCCCAGAAACCAUACAUGCCACCUUCUUCCAAAAUGGACGAUUCCUCUAAAAAACGAGUUGGUGGCUGCCUCACAUGCUUCCUUGGGUGAAUGUGUCCCGAACAACCAGCAAGUCCAUGUGGUGCUGGGCAAUGAGGCUUGUGAUCUGGACUCCAUGGUGUCCGCCUUAGCCCUGGCCUUCUUCUUGGCAAAGACAUCCCCAGAGUCUAAGGCGGCUUUCAUCCCAGUCCUCAACAUCCCCCGCUCGGACUUCCCGCUGCGCACGGAGAGCACUUUCCUCCUCCGGGAGCAGGGCAUCCCAGAGAAUUCUCUUGUUUUCCGUGACGAGAUCGACUUGGUGGCCCUCCACAAAGCAGGACUCCUUUCCCUGACAUUGGUGGACCAUCAUGUCCUGCCCAGCAGAGAUGCUGUUCUGGAGGAAGCAGUUGUCGAGGUAUUGGACCAUCGUCCCCUGGAACGGGAGCGUGGCCCUCCUUGCAAAGUGACAGCUGAGCUGGUGGGCUCCUGUGCCACGCUUGUGACGGAGAGGAUCCUUCAAGGCCCAGCUCAGGUUUUGGACAGGAAAACGGCUGCCCUUCUGCACGGCACAAUAGUCCUCGACUGUGUCAACAUGGCCCCCGAAGCAGGAAAAGUCACUCCCAAGGAUGACCAUUACGCUUCCCUUUUGGAAUCGCAGUUCCCCGAUCUCCCUUCGAGGAAUGCCAUAUUUGAGGCUCUGCAAAAGGCAAAGUUUGACGUCUCAGGCCUUACUACAGACCAGAUGCUGUGGAAGGACCUGAAGGCUCUCUCUGGGAAGAGAGCUUCUAUAGCCAUCAGCGCCAUUUAUGUGAAUCUGCCGGUCUUCCUGGACCGUCAUGGUUUAGAAGAAGAACUGCACAGCUUCUGCCAACAGGAAGGCUAUGACCUGCUGGUUGCCAUGACCAUCUCCUUCAACGAGUCCAAUGAGCCAUUCAGGCAGAUCGCUGUGUAUAGCACUCGCACGGAUCUCCGAGAAGCAGUGUGCCAAGCAUUGGAGCGCUCCACUGAUCCUUCCCUCCACCUUUCGCCGCUCGAGAGCCGCUAUUCCACCCUCCGCGCCUACCAUCAGGGCACCGUCACCGCCUCGCGCAAGAAGGUCCUCCCGAUCGUGAAGGGCUUCCUAAAGGAUUGGGACCAAAGCAUUAGUGUCGCCAUGCAGCCCGCGGCUGCCAGCCCAUGCCCCCCGCCUAGAGUGGAAGCGAAAGGAGCUGAAGGCCGGCGUCCGGAGCCCGAUGGCGAAACCCAGAAAGACCCCACCAAGCCCCACCGCUUGGGGGACGACCUGGUAGACGACGAUACCGUCCUGCCCCCGACCCCUAUGAACAGCCUGGUGGAUGAGUGCCCUCUCGACCGGGGUCUCCCCAAACUCUCGUCGGAGGCCCUCUUCGAGCGGUUCGACCGCCUCACGGCAACGCGUGCCAUUCCGGAGGAAAGCUCUGAAAAGAAGUGACGGCGAGUUCAAAGAUUUAUGGAAACCUGUGGGGUGUAAGGACAGGAGCUUGGGAAAAAUGAAUCCCACUGUACCUUUCUUGACACAAUUUCCUCUCGGAGUCGAGAGACGAGAAUUAGCAAUGGACUCCCUGAGUACUGCUGCCUCUGUUACUCUUUUCUCUGGGUUCAUAGAGCAGGAAAAAAUGAUUUGCCAUCCACAGCAAAUAGCAGAGGGAGCAUUUUUUUGAUUGGAAGUGACUGUUGCGUUUACCUGUUGCGGGGAUGUGGCAAUCCCGUGCUCCUCAAUACCUUGCAUCGGAAAGAAACCCUACAGCUUCCAGACCAUGGAUUGUGGUGGGUCGAGCUUUCCUUCAUGGACUGUGAAAUGCCGCUGAGUUUUGUUGUGUAUUUUUAGAGAUGGAAAUGGAGAAGAGUCUCCGUGACCUUUUGUUUCCCGGGUCUGUUUCAAUGUGACUCCUCAUAGACCUUUUUGGACCCAUAUGGCCUAGCUUGGAGCCUUGUUCACAUAGAUCAUUGCUUGCAGACUUGACCGAAACAGAUACAUGCCAGUGGAUUUUUCUUUUCUUUGAGAGUCGAGAGCAAUUUCAAGAGAGUCUCUGCUUUUUAUGGAGAGCAUGCAAACCUAUUGUGCGGCUCAACUAUAUGGACUUUGCAGCAAACACCUUGACAAUCUCUAUUCUCUAGACAGUCAUGAUAAUGUGCAUUUAUCUCUUAUUUUCCCCUUACCUUAAAGAGGAAAUGACAAAAGACUAGUCCCAUAUAGGAGGCAGAGAUGCAGCACUAUGUCUGGAACAUCUCGGAGGGAAAACACUGUUGAAUUAAUGCAGCUCAACACAACUUGAACAGCCAUGGCUCAAUACUAUGGAACCAUGGGAGGUACGGUUUUCCAAGGUCUUUAGCUUUCUCUGCCUCACCAAACUACAGAUCCCAGGAUUCCAUGGCGUUGAGCCAUAGCGUUAAUUCGAUAGUGUAGUUGCACGCUCCCUAUCUCCCAGAGUUCUGGACUAAAGGUUUCAGCCAAGUCUCCCAGGUCAAGUCACCUGACCGUGUUCUCCACUUGGUUUGGAAACCUGGUCACCCUUCAGCCCCACAUGCUCCACGCUUGUUUAGCAAAGUCACAGAGAUGGUUGCUGCCUCCGUCCAAGAAAAUGUUUCAAACCUGAAUUGUGCUUCUUGCAGACCCACAAGCGAAGACUGGUACCUAUUUCGCAGUAUUGUUGUGGAAGUUCAUUUCUGAGGAUCCACGUGGAGCCAUUCGCAAUUUAUAUUGUAACUAGCAUAUAUUCCUGGCGUUUCCCAAGUAUCGGGACUGCUGUCCGCCUGCUUUCUCCUUUCUCCAGCGCUGAGAGGACCUAUUUUCUCCAGCUAUUAGAAGACCUACAUUCUCCUUUCUCCAGCUCUGAAAAGACCCCCUUUCCCUGGCUCUGAGAAGACCCCCUUUCUCUGGCUCUGAGAAGACCCCAUUUCUCUAGCUAUGAGAAGACCCACAUGCUUCAUUCUCCAGCUCUGAGAGGACCUAUUUUCUCCAGCUAUUAGAAGACCUACAUUCUCCUUUCUCCAGCUCAGAGGACUUAUUCUCUCCAGCAAUUAGAAGACCUACAUUCUCCUUUCUCCAGCUCUGAGAGGACCUGUUUUCUCCAGCUAUUAGAAGACCUACAUUCUCCUUUCUACAGCUCUGAAAGGACCUGUUUUCUCCAGCUAUUAGACCUACAUUCUCCUUUCUCCAGCUCUGAGAAGACCCAUUCUCUCCAGCUAUUAGAAGACCUACAUUCUCCUUUCUCCAGUGCUGAAAAGACCCCCUUUCUCUGGCUCUGAGAAAAGACCCCCUUACUCUAGCUAUGAGAAGACCCACAUUCUUCAUUCUCCAGCUCUGAGAGGUCCUAUUUUCUCCAGCUAUUAGAACUACAUUCUUCUUUCUCCAGCUCUGAGAGGACCUCCCUCCUCUGACUGUGAGAAGACCCCCUUUCUUCAUCUCUGAGAAGACCUACAUUUUCCUUUCUCCAGCUCUGAGAAGACCUCCCUCCUCUGGCUCUGAGAAGACCCCCAUUUCCAUCUCCGAGAAGACCUACAUUCUCCUUUCUCCAGCUCUGAGAGGACCUAUUCUCUCCAGCUAUUAGAAGACCUACAUUCUCCUUUCUCCAGCGCUGAAAAGACCCCCUUUCUCUGGCUCUGAGAAAAGACCCCCUUUCUCUAGCUAUGAGAAGACCCACAUUCUUCAUUCUCCAGCUCUGAGAGGUCCUAUUUUCUCCAGCUAUUAGAACUACAUUCUCCUUUCUCCAGCUCUGAGAGGACCUCCCUCCUCUGACUGAGAAGACCCCUUUUCUUCAUCUCUGAGAAGACCUACGUUUUCCUUUCUCCAGCUCUGAGAAGACCUCCCUCCUCUGGCUCUGAGAAGACUUAUUUACUCCAGCUAUUAGAAGACCUAAGACCUACAUUCUCCUUUCUCCGCCUCUGAGAGGACCUCCCUCCUCUGGCUCUGAGAAGCCUCAUUCUCUCCAGCUAUUAGAAGACCUAUAUUCUCCUUUCUCCAGCGCUGAAAAGACCCCCUUUCCCUGGCUCUGAAAGACCCCCUUUCUCUAGCUAUGAGAAGACCCACAUUCUUCAUUCUCCAGCUCUGAGAAGUCCUCCCUCCUCUGACUGUGAGAAGACUCCCUUUCUUCAUAUCUGAGAAGACCUAGAUUUUCCUUUCUCCAGCUCUGAGAAGACCUCCCUCCUCUGGCUCUGAGAAGACCCCCUUUUUCCAUCUCCGAGAAGAUCUACAUUCUCCUUUCUCCAGCUCUGAGAGGACCUCCCUCCUCUGGCUCUGAGAAGCCUCAUUUUCUCCAGCUGUUAGAAGACCUACAUUCUCCUUUCUCCAUCUCUGAGAGGACCUAUUUUCUCCAUGUCUGAGACGACCUUCUUUCUUCCUUCUCUGGCUCUGAGAAGGCCUACCUCCCCAAUGUCUCCAUAUCAACAUGGCUCUCUUUGUGGCCCUUUCCUUCCUUUCUCCCUUCCCCUCAUGCACAUGCCACCUCUCUUUCCCAGUGACAUCGCAGAGGGCCACUUCACCUCACAACAGCUUUUGUGGUACAGACAUACAUACGUUGAUUUUUAUAUAGAUAGAUAGAAGACGAGGGUGAAUCCAGCCUUCUCCCACUUGUUUGUGGAUUCUGGUUUCUGGUAUGGUUCAAGGCGUGCUUGUCUCCUAGUGAAAGUGUUUGAAACCAAUUAAGUGAAUAAAAGUAAUCAUAUUUCGUAGAGAUGUGAAUACA